AAAAGGGAAAUAUGUGUCUGUGAUCACAACUCUUAUGACAGAAUUCAAUCAGCGCUUCCAAGAUUUUUCUGUCAUUGAGCAAGAAAAAUCAAGCUGUUUCUCACUCCCUUCCUGAUGGAUGCAGAAGAAGUGGAAGAGAGUCUGCAAUUAGAACUCAUCGAAAUGCAGUGUGAUGAUUCUCUGAAGAAUCAACAUCAGCUUCCUCUCCCUACCCGACUUCUACCAGAGCUUGGAAAAAGGCCAAGUUUCCUCUGAUGCGACGCCACGCAAAAAGAAUGACGAGUCUGUUUGGCACAACAUACAUAUGCGAGCAAACAUUUUCUCUGUUAACUCUGAACAAAAGCCGAUUGAGAACCAAAAUGACCGACAGCCAUCUCUGUGAUGUCCUUCGCAUCUCAACCACCAAACUUACUCCUGACCUGCCAGCCAUCCUUCAGUCCAGAGCGCAGCAUCACUGCUCCCAUUAAGUGCAACGCUGUUCCCAUUGUAGAACGAGCCAUUGCCAGACACGAGGUGCGUGAGAUCGAGCAGCGGCACACGCAGGACGGCGUGCGGGAGCGGGACUCUGCGGCCUCUUCGCCGUCGGAGGGCGAAGACGACCUCGUCAUCAUCUACAACCGCGUGCCCAAGACGGCCAGCACAUCCUUCACCAACAUCGCCUACGACCUGUGUGGGAAGAACCACUACCACGUCCUGCACAUCAACACCACCAAGAACAACCCUGUCAUGUCCAUACAGGACCAGAUGCGGUUUGUAAAGAAUGUGACUGAGUGGAGAGAAAUGAAGCCGGCCUUCUACCACGGACACGUCUCCUUCUUGGACUUCACAAAGUUUGGAGUGAAGAGGAAGCCCAUCUACAUAAACGUGAUCCGGGACCCCAUAGAGAGGCUGGUGUCGUAUUACUACUUCCUGCGUUUUGGGGAUGACUACAGGCCCGGCUUGAGGCGCAGGAAACAAGGAGACAAGAAGACAUUUGAUGAAUGUGUGUCAGCCGGCGGCUCAGACUGUGCCCCUGAGAAGCUCUGGCUGCAGAUUCCCUUUUUCUGUGGUCACUACUCUGAAUGCUGGAAUGUGGGCAGCCAGUGGGCUCUGGAGCAGGCCAAGUACAACCUGGUGAACGAGUACCUGCUGGUGGGAGUCACAGAGGAGCUGGAGGACUUUGUGAUGAUGCUGGAGGCUGCGCUGCCACGCUUCUUCAAAGGAGCCACGGAGCUCUACAAAACAGGGAAGAAAUCCCACCUGAGGAAGACGAGCGAGAAGAAGCCGCCCACGAAGGAGUCCAUCGCCAAGCUGCAGCAGUCGGCCAUCUGGAAGAUGGAGAACGAUUUCUACGAAUUUGCACUGGAGCAGUUCCAGUUUGUCCGGGCACAUGCUGUCAGGGAAAAGGACGGGGAGCUCUACCUGCUGGCACAGAACUUCUUCUACGAGAAGAUCUACCCCAAAAACUGAAGAGUAGACGGACACAUGGCAGAUGUGCGGCCUGAGAGGAAAAAGGACACAUAAAGACUACGUGUGGCUGUCUGUAGAACAUUGUAUUGACAGCUCUGACACGUCUGUGCCAGCCAACUGGACUCGUGUUUCAUCAGCAGGUUUUUUUUCCCAGCAGCCUCCACUCCCCCUCAUGUCAAAGGUGGUCUGACGCGUCCGGAGACGGCCUGUCCAGCUCCGAAACAUUGUCAUCGGCUCUGUAAUGUUUGGUUGUUUUUGGUUGUGUUUUAAGUCUUUGCUAAGGUUGUCUUUUGUAUGUAAAGAUGGUGACAUUCUCCAUGCCUCACCACUACUACUAACUUAAAGAGAUUUGAAGUGUACGACUACUGUGCUGUAUUAUUGGACUUGAAUGAGAAUGUUUGAGGUUUUUAUGAAAUAAAAAUCCUGUGACCAUGGACUAUUUACUGGGACACAUACGUAUGUUUUAUACUAUACUUGAUGCUGGGUGUAAAUGUUCAGAGGCCUUUCCUCCGUAAUGAAGAAUAUUAUCGAGUGUACAAAAACACCUAGGUGAAGAUGCUGCUGCUGUAAAUACUUACUACUUUUCUCAGUCCUAUUCAUCUACUGACAGUUUUUCCAUGGUAUGAAAUCAAAACUGUUAACCAUAUUAAAAUUACAGUUUGUACAUUUCUCUCAAA